CAUCCGCUCUUCAUUCUAUUUAUAGCCUCAUCCUCUCCGCAGUCUCCAUCCACCCCUCCUCGCUCGUUUCGUUGCCGCCCCUCGUUGUCUCGAUGGCGAAAGAUCCCGUUCGAGUUCUCGUAACUGGCGCUGCAGGUCAAAUUGGAUAUGCCCUCGUACCGAUGAUUGCCAGGGGAGUGAUGCUUGGCCCAGACCAGCCUGUUAUCUUGCACAUGCUCGACAUUCCACCUGCUGCAGAAGCUCUAAAUGGAGUCAAGAUGGAGCUGGUUGAUGCAGCAUUUCCUCUUCUGAAGGGUGUUGUUGCCUCAACUGAUGUUGUGGAGGCUUGCACUGGAGUCAAUAUAGCUGUUAUGGUUGGCGGUUUUCCAAGGAAAGAAGGUAUGGAGAGAAAGGACGUGAUGUCAAAAAAUGUCUCCAUCUAUAAUUCUCAAGCUUCAGCAUUAGAAGCACAUGCUGCUCCCAAUUGCAAGGUGCUCGUUGUUGCCAAUCCUGCAAAUACUAAUGCUCUUAUACUGAAAGAGUUUGCUCCAUCCAUUCCAGCAAAGAAUAUUACUUGUUUGACAAGGCUAGAUCACAACAGGGCUCUAGGACAGAUUUCUGAACGAUUAAACAUUCAAGUUAGUGAUGUCAAGAAUGUCAUCAUUUGGGGAAAUCAUUCUUCUACCCAGUAUCCUGACGUAAGUCACGCUUCUGUUAAGACACCAAGUGGAGAAAAACCUGUUCGUGAGCUUGUUUCUGACGAUGAGUGGCUUAGGGGAGAAUUUAUCACAACUGUUCAACAACGCGGUGCAGCCAUCAUCAAAGCAAGAAAGCUGUCUAGUGCUUUAUCCGCUGCCAGUUCUGCUUGUGAUCACAUUCGCGAUUGGGUUCUUGGAACCCCUGAGGGAACAUGGGUUUCCAUGGGAGUUUAUUCUGAUGGUUCAUACAAUGUACCAGCUGGGCUGAUUUAUUCUUUCCCUGUCACGUGCAAAGCUGGCGAGUGGACCAUUGUUCAAGGGCUCUCAAUCGACGAGUUCUCAAGGAAGAAGUUGGAUGCAACUGCUGCGGAAUUGUCGGAAGAGAAGGCCCUUGCAUAUUCAUGCCUUUCUUAACUUAUGGAUGAGCCAUCCGUAGUUGCGAGUGAAGUGCUUCAAUUUUUUUAAAAUAAAUUUACUUGACCGGCUGUUGGAAAUUUAACUCCGCAAUGUUUAUGAUGUACAACUGCUGUGCAUCGGUUAAGCACAGUUUGAGCGUGAUCGGAAAUCCCUAAAAAUAUUCUUUCGAGACGAUUGGCUUCAACAUAGCAAUCGGCAGACGGGCAUUUCUCUUCUCAA